UGAUUCUCAAGAACUCACUCCUCUAUAUAAUUCAACCCAACCCAACCCACCUGUACUCUUGCUUUCUCUCUUUCAAUUCACAAACACAACACACACAAACAAAGAAGAAGAACACCAACCACAAUUAUCCAAUGGGUUUUCCAGUGGGAUACACUGAGCUUCUCUUCCCAAAGCUCGUUCUUCAAAUCCUCUCCUUGUUGGGUUUCAUACGAAAACUCGUCUGCACCCUCUUCCGCUACCUGGGUCUCCCCGAUUUCCUCGAACCCGACAUUGUCUGGCCCGACAACUCGACCCGGAUACCCGAAUUCGAGUCGGUGUCAGCGCUUCUCAUCCGGGAAAUCCUCCCCGUGGUGAAGUUCCGGGAGCUGGUGGACCCGCCGGAGAGCUGCGCCGUGUGCCUGAGCGAGUUCGAGGAGAGCGACGAGAUCCGACGAUUGGCGAAUUGCCGACAUAUCUUCCACCGGGCUUGUCUGGACCGUUGGAUGGGGUACGAUCAGAGCACGUGCCCACUGUGCCGGACACCGCUCAUACCUGAUGAAAUGCAAGGUGCUUUCAAUGAGAGAUUGUGGGCUGCUUCUGGAAUCCCUGAAUUUCCCCCUGAAUAUCAUCAUCAUCAUCAUCGUGUUCUUGCUUAAUUUUACUUCUUUUCUGGGGAAGUGAAGGGAUUGUAGGGUUGUUUUCAUUUUUUUUUUUUUGUGGAUUUUGUAUAUAUACAGAACGAAUUGAAAAGAUGAGGAUUUAGUUAAUUGUAAAUCGAUUUUUAUUCA